UUUUUUCUACCACGGACAUGGUAUUUAAAACGUAGCCUUCAUAGUUUUAUUCUUGAUCGAGACAUUUCGCCACGGAGACAUUAAUCCGUGCGCAAACUGGUUGCCCACCCAUGAUUUUUAAAGGCAAAGCUUGAUAUCUAAUUAAUAUUUAUGAGAGAAGUGCUACCUGAUCGGCCAGUGAAUGCCUUGGACAGAAAAAACUGGUAGCACAUGUCAUUGGGAUGACGUCGAGCGACCAAUCAGAUAGCGGAUUCUCUGAAUAUUAAUGAGGUUUCCCGAACAACCAUGUACAAAAAAUACGCCCCCGCGAAGCGGAAAUCGCUUCGAAACGGGACGUCACAGGCUGCAGAAGCCGCUGGCGGGAUUUUCAACUUCCUAAUUGAUCCGGGUGGAGGGAUCCCGUCUCGGCAAUAAGGGCUCUUAGUCUCCUUUGUUAAUUUUAAUUUAUAGCUUUUAAAAGUUGAGGUAAUAUGGAGUGCCUGAAUGUCCCGCGGAUCUUACCAAGCUCUCCGAUGCGCUCCCGGGGACAGAUCCAGGUCAUUUUCGGGCCGAUGUUUUCGGGAAAAAGCACCGAGCUGAUUCGCAGAGUGCGCCGCUUCCAGGUCGCGCGCUAUAAAUGCCUGGUGAUCAAAUACGCCAAGGACACGCGCUACUCCGAGCUGGGCAUGGCCACGCACGACAUGAGUACCAUGGAGGCGGUGCCCGCCAGCCGGUUGCAGGAGGUUUACGGUCUGGCCUUGGGGGCUGAGGUUCUCGGCAUCGAUGAGGGACAGUUUUUCCCAGACACAGUCCAGUUCUGCGAGGAGAUGGCCAACCAAGGCAAGACCAUUAUAGUGGCAGCCCUGGAUGGGACGUUCCAGAGAAAGGCCUUCGGAAACAUCCUGGGCCUGAUACCACUGGCGGAGAGCGUGGUGAAGCUGAACGCCGUCUGCAUGCAGUGCUUCAAGGAGGCGGCUUACACUAAGAGGCUGGGGGAUGAGAAGGAGGUGGAGGUGAUUGGAGGAGCAGACAAGUACCAGGCCGUGUGCCGGACCUGCUACGGGGGCCUCGUGGCUGAGAAGGAGAACAGCACCCCCUGGAGGGAUGACACACCCCCCCAGGCCCUUCCAGGGAAGAAGCUGGACGUGGGUUUUCCUCGCAAACUCUUUGCUCCACUGCACAACUGAGAAAGACAAGAUUAUGCCAAAAAGGGACGACCGAACGCCUAUUAAACAUUUUAAUGCACCUUACAUCUGCAUCAGCUCAGAGUUACAGCAGUAAGGUGUACAGCAGAUGCUUGGAUGCUUAAAACGUUCACUUAAAUUCCUUAACCAUUUAGGUAUGCUAGUAACUAUAUCUUUAACUUACCACUAGGGGGGCACAAACCUGGAGUGAUUUGUUACUGUGGGUGAGUGAUUUCACCAAGUUAGACCGUGGGCUACAUGUUAAUUGAAAUAAUAUAUAUAUAUCCUACACAGAAAGAGUAUCAGAUCGACAUUUGCUUAUCACUGGGGUUGUACCUUUUAAGUCAUAGAAAUUGACUGUGAAGAACAUUUAUUUUUUUUGUCCUACUGGGGGGGUACAUUAAUGUUGUUUGUACCUUGGAUGUUCCUCAUGGUCCACUUCUAUAUCUUAAAAGGUAAAAUUACCUACAGCCAUAGGGUACAAUUGGCAGACCUUUUGAGGGCGCAGCCCCAGUGACAAGCGAAGGAACGAACUGCUGCUCAUUUGAGUGAAAGACGUUUAUCUAGCAGGACCACGUAUUGCAGAAGCACAGCUGGUGAACGAAGAGUUCCAGUGAUUUGUUUGCAUGGGGAGCUUUUGGGAAGCACAGGCCGGACUGGUUCAUUUGCUUUAUGUAUUUAUGCAGUGCUGCGAUUUUUAUAUACAAAGGGGGGGGGAUAUUCCAGCUCUUUAGCCAUGAUUUAUGAAGCACAGGUGAGAAGGUUCUGGGCCAUUUCCACCUAUAAAUAGCCUGUAUAGCUUUUUGUGAUCAUAUUAUACAGUUACAGAAAAGGUCACUGGGCAUUCCUGCAUAUACAGCAUCUAGAAGCAUCCGAGGCUGCAGAUGACAGUUCACAUUUAACUUGACAGCAAGGGGGUGAUAUCGGCUCAAACACACCAACCAGACCGGCCUGUUGACCUAUGAUGUUUCUGGGCAAACUAGAGUCUGUAACAAUAAGCUUAAUCAUGUUCCUGAACUCUUGUAAACCUUAUGCCUAAUGCGUGUGUCGGCAAUUUUUUAAAGGUGUUUUUUGAAUAAACAUGACAUGGACAAUUUU